AUGACGACAGAAUCCAGAUCUAUGUUUAACGGAGUCGACCUGCACUGUAAGACCAACAACACCGAACACCGCACCAAUGAGAUCUCAGUGGAGCGGCUGAUCGUGAGGCGAGGCCAGCCCUUCGUCUUGACCCUUAAGCUGUCGCAAUCUUUCAACCAUGACCUCCACCCGCUCACCAUCACUGCAGAAACCGGAAAACACCCUUCAGAGGAACGGGGCACUAAGUCAUCCUUCGGUGUCCCAGACAAUGUGCGGCGUUCAUCAUCAGCAAAGGCAGUGUGGAAGAUGGAGAUUCACAACAGCUCCAUGGGCAACUUGACCCUGAACAUCACCCCCCCGGCUGAAACCCCCAUAGGGGAGUACCGACUGACUGUGAAGCACAGUGAUGAUGAAGCACUGCUGGCAACGCCCGCGGUGCUCUUCAACCCCUGGUGCCCUGAUGACUGGGUGUUUCUGCCCGAUGAGGCGGAGAGACAGGAGUAUGUGAUGAAUGAACAAGGAAUGAUCUACAAAGGGAAUGGAAACCACCCAAUUUCUACGAACUGGGACUAUGGACAGUUUGAGGACAACAUGGUGGAGAUUUGCCUUAAGAUAUUGGACAAGAACCUCAAACACCUGAAGGACCCGGCUGACGAUGUCUCUGCUCGCUGUAACCCCAUCUACGUCGGCCGCGUGGUCAGCGCUAUGAUUAACUCGCAAGAUGACAAUGGUGUCGUGACGGGACGCUGGUCAAACCAGUAUGGGGGAGGGGUCCCACCCACUCACUGGAGCGGCAGCCACGACAUCCUCAACAGCGGCUGCCAACCGGUCAAGUACGGACAGUGCUGGGUGUUCGCUGGCGUCAUGUGCUCAGUGAUGCGUCUGCUGGGCAUCCCCUGCCGCGUGGUCACCAACUUCCAUUCAGCCCAUGACAGCAACAGAAAUCUGACCAUCGACGUCAACCACCCCGACUAUGGGGUCAAUGUGAGACCAGACAAGGACAGCAUCUGGAACUAUCACGUGUGGGUGGAGGCGUGGAUGAGGCGGCCAGAUCUGACAGACAACGGCAAAUAUGACGGCUGGCAAGUUCUGGAUCCAACUCCGCAGGAGCUGAGCGAUGGUGUGUACUGUUGUGGUCCAGCUCCGGUUAAAGCCAUCCUGAAUGGAGACACCCACCUCAAAUACGACAUCCCAUUUGUCUUCGCCGAGGUCAACGCCGACUGCAUUGACUGGCUGGUCCGAGCUGAUGGUUCCAAACAGAAAAUCUUCUCUGAUUCAAAGAGAGUCGGUCAGAACAUUUCCACCAAGUCUGUCGGCUCCAACAAGAGGGUGAUCAUCACUGACUCCUACAAACACCGAGAGGGAACGACGAAGGAGAGAUCUGUGUUUAAAAGCGCCGUGACCGGUCUCACCAUCGAGGAAACAGAGGAAAAUGGAGGAAUAGAAGGGACAGGGGGGGCGAAUGGGAAUGGUGGAGGCACGAAUGAAGAAACCCCAGGUGGCAACCUUCACCCUCCAAAAGUGUUCAUGCGGUUUGCUGAGGUGUCCGCGCCAGUGAACGGUCAGGAUGUUCAUCUGAAUCUGGUGCUGAACAGUAGGAGCAAAGUUUCCAGGUCGCUGGCCAUCGCCACCUCUGUCCUGGGCAUGACGUACUACAGCUCACCAGUUGCGAGCAUCAAGACUGAGGUGAAGCUUGAGACACUGCUGCCUGGGAAAGAUCUGAUCGUCCCCAUCGUGGUCCCAUUCUCAGCCUACAAUAAAUACAUGAAGCACUCUGACAGUAUGAAGGUUUCGGUCAUUGUGACAGACAAAGAGAAGCCAAUCUACUCAUACCUGGCUGAAGAUGAUGUUGUGCUGCUGGACCCUCCCAUCUCCAUCAAAGUUGACGGUCCGGUCAUUGUGUAUCGAGAGACGACUGCGGAGGUGCUGUUCAUGAACCCGGCCCAGGAGACGCUGAAGGACUGCGUUAUAACUAUCUCUGGAAGUGGCCUGUUGAGAGGGGAGAUUGAGUUUAGGAUCCCAAAUCUGCCUCCAAAUCGCAGAGCACUCGUCAAUGUGCCCUUUACUCCCUACAGGCUCGGGCCGAGGACUCUUAUGGCCGACUUUGACUGCUCCUUUUUCAGAAACGCUAAAGGCAGCGCCAGCGUCUACGUCCAAAUGUAA